CUUUUACGGGAGCCCGCACUAAAAAACCUAAAUCAAAGCGACUGGUACCAAAUAUGUCCGCCCAUCCGCGGAUUGAAGAACUCCCCGACGACUUCGAUGAGUCGCUAGACCUCAACGCCGCCCCGCCGCAACCAACCACCCCGCCCACUGCAGGCCCCGAGCUCCCCGUGCCUGGAAAUGAAGAGCGAUUAAAAGAACUCGAGAAGGAUGGUCAGGCGCCGAAACUCCCGCCGGCCAUGGCGGCCGUGGAGUCCCAUACGACAGAUGAGCUGGCGGAUAUUCUGAACAAGACGCCGCUGUUUAUGACGGAUAUCAGCAAAGCGGGAGAUGAGAACGGCGAAAAUAUCAUGUUAGAUGCGCUGCGCGCACUACAGAACGAAGGAACGCGCGGCGACGUUGCGCAGAAUUUCCGCGAGCAAGGCAAUGAAGCUGCGAGGGAGAAGAGGUGGAUUGACGCAAAGGAGUACUAUACAAAGGGGAUCGCGGUAUUGCGCUCAAAGGAGCAGAAGUGGGAUAAGCCGGAGGAUGAGAAGGAGGAGGAGAGGCUUCUGCGGGAGGUCGAGGAGGCGUCGUAUAUAAAUCGGGCGCUGUGUAAUCUGGAGCUGAAGAACUACCGUUCAACGACCCUCGACUGUGCCGCGGUUCUGAAGCUGAACCCCAAAAACAUCAAAGCCUACUAUCGUUCUGCUAUGGCGCUAUACGCGCUCGACAAGAUCCCGGAGGCUGAGGAUGUCGCUACUCGUGGCCUAUCCCUGGAUCCAAACAACAAAUCCCUCCAAACCAUCUCGUCCAAGAUUGCAGACCGAAAAGCCUCUCUCGAACGGAUAGCUGCGAAGCGUAGAGCCGAGGACGAGCGAGCACGCAAAGAAAAGGCCCUUUUGAGCACAGCCCUUCGUGCGCGCCAAAUCCGCACCCGCAAGACCGGCCAGCCGCCCGAGAUGGAAGACGCCAAUAUCAGACUCACGCCUGACCCGCUUUCACCGGAGAGCACGCUUGAGUUCCCGACUGUCCUGCUCUACCCGAUGGAUGCGCAGUCGGAUUUCAUCAAGGGGUUCCCCGAGGCCACUUCUAUCGAAGACCAUCUAGAGUAUAUUUUCCCGCUUCCGUGGGAUACCAAGAAGGAGUACACAGUGAAGAAUGUGGAUUGCUUUAUGGAUACAUAUACGGGUGGGCUGAUCAAGGCGGGCAAGAAGCUGCCGCUCCUGCAGAUCCUCAGCGGCAGUAAUGUUGAGAUUGUGGAUGAGCUGGUGAAGAUCUAUGUGGUGCCGAGCUCCAAGAGUAAGGAGUUUAUUACAGCGAUGAAAGCGAGGAAGACGGGUUGAGUGAUGCCAAACCGAAGAGCAGUCCCGACAUAGCAGUGGGCAGUGGCUCUACUGAGUUGUCUGGUCGAUACAGUGCUGCAGAGCUGGCCUCUUCACAGCUUGCACUCGUGUGCAGCCACGCCUUGUGUUGCGCCGACCCAUGCCACAGACCAAACCCGCGUGCGAUAAGCCUUCAAAGAGAUUGCCGCUACGAUAUAGAAUUGAAUAGACGUGAACAAGGGUGGCCACCAUGCUCUUCCUAAGUGUGGUCAUCAACAUGUCGCUGGACUCGAGCAAAAAAGGCUAAAACUCACGGAUUUGGCUAGUACAGUACA